GGUGGUUAGCACAAACACCCGCUUCCUUCAGAACAUUUAGAUUCGGUUCCUUCCAACGCAUUAACAGAAAAAGCAGUUGAGGCUGGGAUGGUUUGGGUUCAGUAACCGGGGACAGUUGAUUCUUUAGUUAGAGAACUGAGGGGAGAAUUUUCAGUGUUUGUGAGAUAAUGGAUUCAGGCCUCACGUUUUCUGUCCUUCGCCACUUGCUGUUCAUCCUGUUAGCAGCCCUUCAGCUGAAUGGCGCUGCUGGGGCAAUAUGCUCUGUCAAUCACGCUUGCUGUGUUCCAGAAAAAUAUAUACGUGUCGAGGAGAAUAACCCAGUAAACUUUGUCAUCAGUAAUAUAACAGUACGGGAGCAUCCUGUUAUGAUAUCGAACCAGCAUGAUCUACCUUAUGUUGCUGUAGUCGGGGACACACUGCAGCUCACAAAAUCGAUUGACUUUGAGAAUCUAACGAGUCGUGUUAUGAUCGUCACAUUAGCCUGUGGACCGAUGUUGGAAACUUUAAGACUAAAUAUUGAGAUCGUCAACGUCAAUGACAAUCCUGCCACGUUCCCGCAGGAUGUAUUGAAUUUAACCAUUAGUGAGCUCUUCCCUGUGAAUAAAACCUGGAUAACAGAAGACGCAAUCGAUUCUGAUAACAACCAAAUCUUCUACAGUCUGGAUCAAAACACAGAUGGAGCAGAGUACUUCCGCUUAAAGACCAGAAACACACCGGAGAUUAUUCUCAAGAAGGCAUUAGAUUAUGAAAAGACCAAGACUUUGCAGCUGAUUUUAUCUGCUGAUGACAAUUCAGAUAGUACUAAUUCGACCAAAGCAUUACUGACCAUUAACAUCAGUGUCCUGGAUGAAGAUAACAAGCCUCCAGUGUUUGAACCCUGCUCUCCCAUUCCUAACUCCAAUGCAAAUAUCUGCCUCAAUGCAGCCUAUGUGGGAACUAUCACACAAAACAAGACUGAGACUGGCCCGUUGCGACUGCAUCCUCAGCAGAUUCAAGCUGUUGAUGGUGAUAAAGGAAUCAAUACAGCGAUUCAAUAUAGAAUAAUAGGCGGGGAUCACACGAACGCUUUUAAAAUUAAUUCAAACACUGGAGAUAUAACGAUGAUUAAAGCUGUAACCAGUACAAAUCCAAUUGUACUAACAGUCAUGGCUUACCAGGAAAAUGAUCAUUACAAAUACACCACAACCAAUGUUGCUCUCAAUGUCUUGACAAGAAACAGCUGUCAACCAAAGUUUGCAAAGGCAACCUAUAAUGGAAAUAUACAACAAAAUUCGGAACCUGGAAGUAUUGUCAUAGAACAAGGUACAAUCGCAAGACCUCUACGAGUUCAGGCUGAGGAUUGUGACUUUCCUAAUAAUAUUAACCCUUCAAUAACAUAUGAAAUUGCACCAAAUGCUAAUUUUGCUAUAAGCAGAGAUGGACUUAUCUUUACUGAGACUGAACUCCCAACUCUGCACAACCUCAUUGAGUUAACGAUAACAGCGACAGAUAAUGAAAAUCAAGAGACUGCAAAAACGGAGGUCAAAGUGCAAGUCAUCAGCAGUAAUGCACCAAUUACUAUGACAACAACAGCUCAAGGAACUGGACCAACGAAACCAUCGACUAACCCUGCAGGGACAGGGUCAACCACCAUUGAGGUGAAGACUUCAACAAAGGCCCAGCCAACAGUGCCAACAACUGUGACGCCAACAACAACAACAACCCAUGGAAGUGGAACACCAAAGCCACCGACUAAACUUCCCUGGACUGGGCCAACCACCACUAGUGCAUCCAUUCCUUCAAAGACCCCUCCUGGACCCUCAGGAUCCACAACAGCAAAGUCCCCCAUAACCGGGACUGGGCAUGUCACAGCACCGACAACAGUGAAAGCAACAACAACCCAUGGAACAGGAACAUCAAAACCACCAACUAAACCUCCCGGGACUGCGCCAACCACCAUUAAGGCAUCGACUCCACCAAAGGCCCCUCCUGGGACUCCAGGAUCCACAACAGUAAGGCCGCCCGGACCAGGGCCUACAACCAACAAACCUCACGCCACUGGAUCAAUAACUACAAAUAAUCCUCAGCCUCCAGGGUCAAUAACCCCAUCCAGAAAUCCACCCGAUGGAUCAGGAACUGGGCCAACAACGCCAACAACUAUGAAAACGACAACAACCCAUGGAACAGGAACACCAAAACCACCGACUAAACCUCCCAGGACUGGGCCAACCACGACUAGGGGAUCGACUCCAUCAAAGGCCCCUCCUGGGCCUGCAGGAUCCACAACAGUAAGGCCGCCCGGACCUGGGCCUACAACUAACAAACCUCACGCCACUGGAUCAAUAACUACAAAUAAUCCUCAGCCUCCAGGGUCAAUAACCCCAUCCAGAAAUCCACCCGACGGAUCAGGAACUGGGCCAACAAGUUUGCCAGUAAACAGCGCAGUAAACCCAAGGCUAAUAUAUGAAGCCAAACACAUGGCAGCCCUCGGAGUCCCACUAGGCAUUCUGCUCUUCAUCUCUCUCGUUAUCAUCGGAAUUCUUCUCCACAAAAUCUACCUGAGGAAAAUAGAUUGGGAAAAAAUGGAUGACGGAUCAGUGACAAAGAUAAAAGCUGUAUCCAAAGGUUUAGUUUCUUCAGGAAGUGACAAGAUGCAGUUUACAAAUGAAGGCUACCUGGAGGAAGUAACAUCCGAAAGAAUCCAGAAAUCCAGUUGGCCAGCGCUGAAGAAUCCCCACAUCAUAGAAUCCACUGCUCUGGCUGCUGUCCUCAACUCAACCCUGGAAAACAACAAUCUAACAGGAUCUUCGGGAAACCAAACUGACCCCAUAUCCCAAAGGACCAAUGCUGCUCCCACAACCCAGAAGGAUGACAAAGCAUCUAGCUCCUUAGACGAGACCGAUAAUGACACGGAGGUUAAAUCCAUCCUCACCAAAGAGAGGAAGUCUGAUGAAGGUUACAAGUCUGUGUGGUUUAAGGAAGAUAUUGAGCCAGAAGCGAAUGAAGAGCAUGUAAUAGAGGGGCAUGAUGAUGAAGAAAAUAACCUUGAUCAUGGUGACAGAGAUGGGUUGUUUUUACAGUUCAGGCACGAUGAUAAAUCUUCUAUUGACCUUUAGGUCCAUAAAAAGCUGACCCUCCACAAAAUAAUGAAUCACAAUUAUUUUUGUAAAUCAAUGCAUAUUAUGAGCUGUGUUUUCCAGAGCCGGUAUCUGUGACAUGCUAUAGGCAUCUUAAAGAACAUGCUGCCCACAGCAAGUUGCUGCGCACUGUACAAUCCAAGUACCCUCAUGUACCCACAGUUAUUAACCCUGAUUCUCUUCACUCAGUUUCUCUAUGAAGUUGUCAGUGUUGUGUCCAUAAUCCAAACUCACAGGAACAAUGAUUACCCUCCACUGUGUUAAAUCCAAAUUUCAGCAAGAGCUUACUUGUAGAUUAAUUAGGCAGCAAUUUUCACAAAUAAAACUUUAGCAACAUCUGCUGAUUAAUUGCCAGAGAAAUCCCAAACUAAUCCCACUUCCCCGUGGCUUCCCAUAGCCCUGUAUGAAUCCCAAAUGAAUCCCACUGCCCCACUCCCUUACCAUUGCCCUGUGUAUUCUCCUGCUUCAAAGAUUCAUCCCCUUUUUCCCCUGAAAGAUAUAGUGGCCUAAAGGAAAAUUAGAGGUCAGCAAUAAGUACUGGCCUCGCCAGUGGGUUUGCAUCCCAAGAAUGAAUUAAAAAAUGUCUGUUUUUCCAGCACUCCCUGUGGUAAAGAAUUCUGUGCUCCAACAACCCCCUGUGUUUUCUCCUAAUCAAUCUCCUCACUCUUUUACUGACAAUCAAUGCCCCCUCAUCCCUGUUUCCCCAGCCAGAAGACAUCUAACCACAUGUAACCCUCCUCCACACCGAACAACACCCAUUCACCCAAUUGCUGUGCUUCCUCUCGAUCACCAAUAUUCUGUGUUUUUUAAAAAAAGAAAGACAUGCAUUUCUAUAGCACUUUUUAUGACUGUACAGUCAAUGAAGUACUUCUCAAAUUGAAAUGCAGCUGUAAUGAAAAAAACGCAGCAACCGAUUUUCACACAGCAAGUUCCCACAAACAACAAGGUGAUAAUGACCAGAUAAUCUGUUUUUAGAGAUUUGACUGAGGGAUAAAUAUUAGGCAGGACACCAGAGCGAUCUCCCCUAUUCUUCUUCAAGAUAAUGCCAUUGGAUCAUUUACGUCCACCUUUGAGGCUGAACAUUUUAUUUGAAAGACAGUACCUUCAACAGUGCAGAUCUCCCUCGGUACUACACUGGAGGGCCAAGGUCAACCUAGAUUUUUGCAUUCAGGUCCUGGAGUGAGUUGACAAAGAUCUUAAUUUUAACUCGGUCUGAGGGGUUGGGUGGAGGGUCAUGGAGGAACUAGGGUGAGUGACAACCUUAUACAUUGAGGCCCAGGGAGAUUCUGACCCUAGACAUCAUCCCAGAUUCUGUCUCCAAGUCCCCCCCAAUUCUCAUAGCAACAGGCCCUGGCAGCCAGAUGACAGGAGGCAGGUCCCGAGGUGAUUGCAAUCGGUUUGAGAGCAGGGGGCUGGUGUGGUUUGAGCAUAAGUUGGCUGCCACAUCCCAUACGUUACAACAAUGACUACGAAAAGUACUUCAUUGGCUGUAAAAUGCUUUGGGAUAUCCUUAGACUGUGAAAGUUGCUAUAAAAAUGCAAGUUCUCUGUUAUGAGGGAAAGAUAUUAAUGGCUCCCUGGGAGGAACAAUAAGGAAGUAAUCUAUCAGUGAACUCCAAUAACAUCAUGAAUCAUGGGGAAUUUAUAAAUGUCAUCUAAUUGCUUGAGGUUAGAUUAGAGACUUGUUGUUUUUCCUGAUGGAAUUUUCCAGCUUUAUUCAGCUCGGGGUAAAUAUUUUACGGUGGACAACGUCUCUGGGUGUGGCUAUGAAUUAUUGUUUUACUAGAAACCUUAAUGGACAUGAUGUCAUAACCACAAGAGGUUUUUAGUAAACUCAGGAAAUUUCUGGGCUGGUAAGUCUUUGUGAGGUAGAGAAGACAGAAUACAGCAAUCAGGGCUCACUUAAUCCAUCAGCAGCUAACCCAUCUCAUCUCAUUGCAGCGUAAAAGGUCUAGGAUGCAUAUAUAUUGUUCAGCCACUGGAGGGACUGAGCUGCUUGUCUCAAAACACUUAGCUCAUCGACAAGAAAAAAUUGAAAAGAAAUUUGAAGUCCAGAAAGGUACAAAGGGUAACAGGGGAGAGAAAGAGAUAGAGAGAGGGAGAGAGAGAUCCAUCCCUCAUCUCCUUCUGUGCUCAUUGGUCCAUUUGAUAAGAUCAUCUCAUAAAUCCCCACCCUGUUCCCAUGGAUCAAUAGCCCUAAUUCCUAGGAUAGGGGAAAAAAGGGAAGAGCCCAGGCCUAUUCCAAGAAAAAUUCUCUCGGACACUUCCUGCUGGUUCCCUAAGGCAGACUGCGUGAGACAGCAGUAUCUGAAUUUCAGCAAGAGACACUUUGAGGGUGAUUUCCCCUGUGUCGGGUGAAUCAACCUUCCUGGGGCAGAGGUAAAAGCAAAAUACUGCGGAUGCUGGAAAUCUAGAACAAAAACAAAAAUACCUGGAAAAACUCAGCAUGUCUGACAGCAUCUGCGGAGAGGAAUACAGUUGACGAUUCAAGUCCGUAUGACUCUUUACUCUGUAAACAAUGGGAAAGUACCAUAUGAUUGUCUGAUGUCUCUAUAUUUAAUAGAAAUUGCUUUGUUACAUUGUUGUUGAAUAUUGUAAU